AUGGCACUUCCCCCGAAAAACAACCAUCGGACCACAGACAGGCUCAAGAUCAUCCUCAUCCUCGUCAGCCAGCUGCUCGGAGCCGGACUGUUUGCCAGAGGCUUCUUCCCUGCCCACAAGCCUCCAAGUGGCUAUGGAUCGUCGCCACCCUCGAUGGGAAAGCCACCGUUCGACAGACUGGUCUUUGUCCUGAUCGAUGCCCUACGAAGUGAUUUCAUGUUUGGUGCAGACUCCAGGAUGAAUUUCACGCAAUCACUCGUUCGAGAUGGAAAAGCACUCCCAUACACUGCCAUCGCUCAAGCGCCUACUGUAACUCUACCACGACUUAAAGCAAUGACCACAGGCACGAAUCCUCAAUUCCUGGAUGCGGUCUUAAACAUCGCUGACUCAACCGAUCAGGAUACUAUCCUGGAACGUAGUGACUCGUGGCUACGCCAGCUCCUGUUUGCUUCUCAAGAGCCAUCGCCAACAAGCCCGCUGGCUUUGCAAAGGAAGGCUCGAUUCUACGGCGACGAUACCUGGCUACGUCUCUUCCCCUCUUCAUGGUUUACAGAGGUUGACGGCGUAUCAAGCUUUUAUGUCACCGACACUGAGAUUGUCGACUACAACGUCACCAGACAUUUCGAUCAGAUCUUCGUAGAAAAGCAAAAUCAGGACUGGGAUAUCAUCAUCCUUCAUUAUCUCGGCUUGGACCAUAUCGGACAUUUGGGAGGCUCCAACUCUAUCUUGAUGGGGCCCAAACAGGAACAGUUAGACCUUGCAGUGGCCCGGAUCUUCGAUAGUAUUUCGAAACAUGACCUCAGAUCGAACCAGAGUACCCUCCUUCUUGUCGCCGGUGAUCACGGGAUGACUGAUACUGGAAAUCACGGCGGAUCGUCUAAAGAGGAACUAUCGACAGCACUUUUGCUGGCUUCCCCUUCCUUCCACCGGGUUGGUUUAGCUAGUGAUCAAGAGAUCGAGCCGGAGCAGGUACAGCAGGUGGACAUUGUACCCACAAUUGCCAUGCUUUUCGGCACUGGGAUACCUCCCGCUAGUAUCGGAGUUGCUAUUCAAUCAGCCUUGCAAGCAUCUCUUGGCGAUCAACAGUCGCUUCACAAUAUGCAAAUCGAGGCGGCGCUUCGAAAUCAUGCAGUUCAAUUGACCACUCUAAUCCAGCAAAUUUUGGGAGGGUUCUCCCAAGUUAAAACGUUCUUGCAACUUGACGAUAAUGGGAACGAAAACGACAACUUGGAAGCUCUCAUCAGUCAGUUGGAUGUUGAUCGGAUCAGAACGGUUCUCGGGAGGUCUCAGCGGUAUCUUUUGACCCGCUUCUCGGGGUACCAUCUACCGACGAUGAUUUUAGGGCUUGUGUUUUUAUCGAUUGCGGCCGGAGGCUUUGUCUACAAAUCUUUCUGCAAACGCGGGAGACGGUUGAGUAAUCAGGAGGUCUUCGUCAUCGUCCUAGCAGCUGGCCAAAUUGCGAGCUUUGGAUCGACGAGCUUUAUCGAAGAGGAACAUGAAGCUUGGUUCUUUUUAGGUGCCUCCUCGCUCUCCAUUCUCGCCUUCUUCUCCCCCCGCCCCAGGAAGUAUCAAUACCUGCUUGGUGUUGCCCUUAUCCGAGUCUUGCGGGGCUGGUCUCACAAUGGACAGAAAGCCGGCCUAGAUAAUAGCAUUUCAAACUAUUUACAUGGAAAGCCGUGGUUUUGUCAUCUGAUCGACCCUCUAGGGAUCUAUUACUUAUUUUCAAGUCAAGUCCGGAGUGACCCAGAUGGUGGACGUUCUAGUCAGAUGGGAAAGCUACUGAUCAUCGGCGCUGGUAUUCUAAGUCUGACGACGAUGGACCGACCUUUUCUCUACCUGAGCGGAGACUUUGGAGGCUUUCAGGACAGGGAAACGCGGCCUCGACUGCUGUAUGGAUUGCUGUUCUGUGGCUUAGGCCUCAUUUUGCUAGGGCGCAGGACCCAGGAAAGUCUUCGUGGAGCGAUGCGGAUCGGAAUGCUGAUCCUGUUACGAUCGCUGACCAAGAUGGAAAAUUAUCCGGUGCUCUGGCUUUCCUUGGUCGCCGGUGAUUGGCUGUUGACUGGUUACUGUAAUCGGCAAGAGGGGGUGCAGGAGGAUGGGCCGAUUAUCUCGACUUGGCUUCGAUUGGUCUUGUUCAAAUCUACAUUCUUCGCCUUGGGAGGCUCGAAUUCGUUAGCGACGGUUGAUCUGUCUAAUGCGUACAAUGGAUUGAGAGCCUUCUCGUUACCGAUAGUGACACUCCUGACGUUCCUGUCGAACUUUUCUGGACCUCAGGAAGACAACAGCAACAGCAACAGCCAGCGAGAACCGUCUCAACAGAACACCAGCAACAACACAAGAAGAACCGAACAGCAGCAGGAGCACAACCACCUUCACAUCCACAAUCACGGGGACGACGACGAGGGGCGCCGAAACUCUGCCGCAAACACCCCAAACAACUUCCCCCCAUUCAACAUCACCGACUUCAGCGUAUCCUUCACCGCGGGCCCCGCUGGAGACUUCGGUCUCUCGACUCGCACCUCCGCCCACAAUCACUUGAUUGACCCCGAUGAGAAUGAGCAUGAUCCCCAAGCGUCCUGGCCAGAUGGUCUCCCAUCCGACUCACUCGUCACCUUCUCCCUCGUCAAUCGGACCUUCCAACAGUGCGCCCAGGAGAGACUUUACAAACAUGUGUCCCUCUACAGUCCAUGGCAGGCAAACCUAUUCCUACGAACCUUGAAUCGCAACAAGUCGGACUGCUCCCCCUUCCUUCAAGAUCAGCCCAACUCCUCCUCGGCCUCGAUCGACAUUAAGGGCAAACGUAGGGCCCAGUUUGACGACCACCAAGACAACUCGCCUCGGAUCUACCGCCGAUUGAACAGACUCGGCGAUCAUGUCCGCUCCUUGCGCUUCGUGUGGAUGGGACCAGCUUCGAUGGGCAAAGGCGGCGGAUCCCUGAUUUGUGAAAUUCUUCACAACUGUCCCCAGCUUGAAAGCUUUGCGAUCAGCACUGCACUCUUGAGCCACUGUAAAGAGCCACUCUUCCGAGCCUUGGAGCAUCACAGUUUAAUCAAAGAAUUCAUGCUCCUCAAGAACCCCGUCGACAAUCCUCGAAUAUUCCUCUGGAAGGCUGACGAGGUCCUCAGCAGAUUAUUCACCAAGUGGGACUCGCUCGAGACGAUCGAUACAAUCGGCCUCUCUGGAAGACCACUCGAUCGAAUGGAAAACGUGCUCAGGUCAAUACCCACCUUUACGUGCGCCCUCAAAGUCAUCGCCCUGGCCCGACCCAACCUGGCCGAGAUCGAGAUCUCCAAGAUCUUGAACACCUCCAAAGCGACCAUGCAUACCCUCCGGAUCACCUAUCCCAGUCUCAAGCUCGACCGCAAAGGCCUCUAUCGGCUCUUGACCGACUACACCAAUCCCGGCCUGCAGUCCCUCACCAUCCGGGUCGGCAAGGAUUGGCAUCCGAUCAACCAUGGACGUGGCACCGCUGCCACACUCGCAGAAGCCUCUAGCGAUCCAAGCAUCAACCCACAUCUAUGCGAUCUCAUAUUCAAAUCGUCUGCCAUGCGAAACCUCAAAUCAUUAUCGAUCGGCGGCCCUCUGGCUAGCUCGAAGCUCUUCCCCCUCCUACCAGAAACAAUCGUCAAACUGGCCUGGGAGGAUUGUCCUGCCAUCCAACCUGGUUCCUUUGCCAAGUUCCUCACGAGCUGGCCUACGCAACAGAUAGAUCCUUUAGGGAACCUUGAUUCUAACUGUACUACCGGUGAACAAGCCGGUAGGAAUCUACCCGACUUGAAGUGUUGCUCUGUCGGUACCGACGAUUUUAAUUGUUGA